GUUGACGUUGACCAUUCGGUCACUCGAAAGAUGCAGCUUUUGGUGGAGGCUGAGCAAAUGAAGCCAGCUUUCAUGCAGCGGAUCGACAGCCACUUUACAGAAUUCGUGAAUGGCUUGAUUGCAAAGUCCGUGCAGCUUGAGUCUUCGCCCCCUGCCUUCCAAGCCGUGUGCUCAGAGAAAGACGGUGGCUUCAAAAGCAAGGAAUCAAGAGCACCUCCAGAACAUGGAAAAGUUUUUGUUGCUAGAAAGUCUGUCUUGGAUGAGCUAUUUGAAGUGAAAGACAUCCGGACCAUACAUCAUGUGUUCAUUGCUUUCUUCAUCAUGAUCAUUCUCUGCACCCUCAUAGUAGACUCCAUUGAUGAAGGAAGGUUGGUGGUGAAGUUUGAUCUCCUGGUCUACGUUUUUGGCAAAUCCUCUGUCGUUGCUUCCACUUGGCUUUACAUGUUCCUGUCCACCCUGACUGUGCCCUAUGGGCUCUUCCUGCUGUGGGCCCAGGGCUACCAUGGUUCCUCCCACAAGACAAUCCGCUCCGCUUUCUUUGGGGGUCUCUUCAUGAUCUUCCAGAUAUUUGGGCUUGGAGUGGGACCAGCUUACAUAGCCGUCGCCUACAAUUUACCACCAGCCUCUGCUUUCAUAGUGAUACUUGAGCAGGUGCGCCUGCUGAUGAAAGGCUACUCUUUCAUUAGGGAGAAUACUUCUCGAAUACUUUCCUUUACGCCACAGAAGACAAACACCGUUCAAGUUCCUAAAGUUUCCCAGUACCUGUAUUUCCUCUUUGCUCCCACCCUUAUUUACAGAGAUGCCUAUCCCCGAAAUCCUACAAUAAGAUGGAGCUAUGUAGCUACCAUGUUUGCACAGGUCCUUGCGUCACUCUUCUAUGUGCACUAUUUAAGUGAAAUAUACACCUAUCCUGCAUUUCGGAAAUAUGGCGGAGAGCACUUUAAUGUACGAGGGCUGGUCCUUUGCAUCUUGCACACCAUGCUUCCAAAUUUAUUGUCGGCAGUAAUCUUAUUUUUUUUACUCUUUCACUGCUGGCUGAAUGCUUUUGCUGAGAUGCUGCGCUUUGCUGACAGAAUGUUCUACAAGGACUGGUGGAAUUCUAAAUCUUAUGCAAGGUAUUUCCGAACCAGCAAUGUGGUGGUGCAUGACUGGCUGUAUUACUAUGCAUACAGAGAUGUCCUUUGGUUAUUUGGGAAGAAAUUCAAAGCAGUCGCUAUGCUGUCGGUCUUCACUCUUUCCGCUAUUGUGCACGAAUACGUCUUGGCUGUCUGCUUUGGUUACUUCUAUCCAGUAUUGUUCUUCUUCUACAUGGGUUUUGGAACGCUUUUCAACUUCAUUCUCAGCGACCGUCGGAAAGGCCCCAUUUGGACGAUGAUCCUGUGGCUUACGCUUGGGCUUGGUAUAACUAUGAUACAUUACCUCUACAGCCUGGAAUGGAAUGCCCAUAAGCACUGCCCUUUGAAAAAUCCCACUUUCCUUGACUAUGUGAAACCGCGUUCCUGGACUUGCCAUCUUAAGGUCUGACACCCUUUGGGAUAUCCCUCCACGUCAAGGCCAGAAGAUGCUUGUCUUUUAAACAAUGACAACAAGUUGGGCUAGCGUGUUGAAAUGACUGCAGACUUUUUAAAGGGAAACUGUCUUUAGCUAUGGCAAAAGUGGGUGCUGUCUGCUACUAAGGGCUGUAUCAUUCCCAUUUUAACCGGAACCAGUGUCUUCAGGGGUUCCUGCUCUCUAGCUAAGGACCCAAGCGGACCUGAGGCUGUUUAUGCAAUUACCGGUAAUUUGAGAAUUUUAUCAAGUACGGUAAAUCCUGUUGUCUUUGGGAAAUAUGUGUACUUUUUUCUAAGGGGGACGUGUGGGAAGAUUAGUAUACUAAUUGUAAUCAACCUCAUGGUUUGGGACUGAAUCUGUGAAUGUAAACUGGAUGGACACAACAUGGUUGGAAAUCUCCUGCAAAUGAUCUACUACACAACUGCUUGUAAGGAGGCAUCCUGUUAACCUGGAAGGUGCUGGAUUGCAAGGCUGUAGUUUUCCUCUUUCUCAGAGUGAGCAAUGGAAAAAUUUCUUGCACAGAUGGUGAGAAGAGGACAAACUGUACCUGACACCGGAAUGGUCUUCCCAAGCCUCACUUGCAUCUUUUGUAAUAUGGAGGACAUUGUGGGUCAGGGAAGGCUGUUGAUGGUGGGAUAUAGAAUUGUUAACCGAUUCCAAAAUGUAUCGAACUGUCUGUUGUGACCUAUUCUGUUACUUGCAAGGGAUUAUGUGAUCUAUACUGUACUACAGAAAUUGAAAUAUAUUUUGCUAUCCAUGAAA